AAAUGCACUGUGGUUUGUGUUAAGGAGCUUAGAUUUGUUAGUAGUCUGUCUUGGUGCUGAAAUCUGAAGCAAUAAUGGGUUAUAGGACUAUGGUGAUGUACAUGGAGAUAGGCUGCUUUGUAGUAUGUGUGUGUGGAUGGAUUCUGGUCUGCUCCACAAUGCCAACAGAUAUCUGGACCUGGUCUGAAGUCAGCAACGUGGUCCUGGCGACAUCAAACUACUACUCGAACUUGUGGAAGGACUGCAUAUCUGAUUCAACUGGAGUAUCUGACUGCAAGGGAAUUCCAUCCAUGCUGGCACUGAACUGGGACAUUCACAUGUGCCGGGCUCUUAUCAUCAUCUGUAUUAUCCUGUGUUUCUUCGGAUCAAUUUUGGUCUUAGUUGGAAUGAAGUGCACUAAGAUCGGAGGGUCCGAGCUUGCUAAUGCAAGAGUAACCUUUGCUGGAGGGAUGAACUACCUUAUAGGAGGGAUGUGUUCUAUGAUUGCUUACUCCUACUAUGGAAAUAAAAUAAGAGCUGAGUUUGAAGAUCCAAACUACAUGGAACAGAAGUUUGAAAUAGGAGUAGGUGUCUUCAUUGGCUGGGGAGGCUCUACCUUACUUAUUGUUGGAGGACUUAUUUACAGUAUCUUUGCAGGAAGAGAAGGGUGUCACUCAAGCUCAAAGAGGUAUGCUACGCAUCAGUUCCAAGAUGCCUACACUUUUGUUCCAACACAAAAAAGCGUUGUGUCUUUGGCUUCCACAGAGAUUAGUAGGAGUAAAAAACCAAGGAUGAUCAGCAGCAGCAGAGCCAGUAGCAUCUCAGAGAUCAACAGUGUCACCAAGACAUCGGUCACUUAUUCAUAUGUGUGACUAACCUACACAGAAUUA